GGGGGAGACUCCAGAAUCGAAAGCAGGCGCGUUCACACACAAGCAAGCAGAGUCGCACGGAGAGAGAGGCAGCAGCCCUAGAGUUCAGCCUGGAAUGAAAAAGCGAGUAAAAAACCAAAGGAAAAGCCAACCCACCCUGCGGAUUCCUGUUGUUUCGGUUUGGAGGAGGGAGCUCGAAGCUUUAGCAGAGGCUCCCUGCUCUCUCCCGCCCAAACUCACGAAGUGAAGCUCUGCUGCAAGUUCUGGUCACUCUGCCUUGGGCUGAGCUGUUUGUUGUGUCUACUGCUAGCUGAAGCCGUUGCCUCAAGCAACUCCCUCUCCCUUCUCUCUAUUUCUCUCACACACUCUUUCAGACAAGAAGGCGCAAAAGAGCUUGACUUUUCAGACUGGACCCCAAAGUUGGAGCCGAGUAAGAGAGGGGUGGGGAGGGAAUCCAGACAUUCCUGGCUGCUUGUUCCUCUAAAGAGCGCUCCGGUCCGGAGACAGCUACGGGAAGGCAGCACUUCUUGGAUGCUGUCGGAUGCUCUGGGGGGCAAUAAAAUGCACUAGAGGCACCAGCAAGGCAGCGGGCGUGCUGGACAGCGGGGACUCCCGUCUAAGCCUCUGUCUCUCCCGACUGCAAACAACUUUCUCUCUCCCUGUCUUGAAAACCUGAAAGGGUUUUCCAAAACCUUUUGGAAAGGGUUUUCCAAAACCUUUUGGAAAACGCUGCACAGCUCAGCCGAAGGAAGCUUUGCGCGUGGACUCAAGGCAAACGCGGAAACUUGCGAAGAAAGAGCGGGGAAAGAAAUCCACAGCAACUUCGGGGCCCUUUUUGGCGAGAGCAGUUCUGCCUCUCUGCAAAGUAAGGGCACCUGCUAUAAAACAGACCCUGACCAUGCUCGAUCUUCAUUUGAAGAUGAUCACCUUCAUGCUUCUCUUCCUCACAGGAUUGCCAGAAAUCAGCUCUCUGGAGAUCUCUCCCAGUGACCCGGAAGUCAUCCUCAGUCUCUACAGCAAUUUUUCCCUGAUGUGCUUAGGGCAUAAUGAGGUUAUCUGGAAAAAGGAUGGCAAACAUACUCUAGACACAGUGCUGGAGAAAAGAGAUGGUACUUUUGUAAGUAUCUUCACACUUUGGAAUGUGACUGGCCUCCACACAGGAGAGUAUUCUUGUACCUACAACCAAUCCUUGAGACAAGGCUCAGCGGAGGAGAAAGCCAUCUACAUUUUCGUGCCAGACCCCUCUUUGCCCUUCCUCCCAAGCAGCAGUUUGGAGGACACAUUUGUUUUCAGCACGGGCCAUACUGAAGACAUUAUCCCCUGCCGUGUGACAGACCCCAAUACAUCAGUGAGCCUUUAUGAAAAGAAGGAUAAGGACCCAGUCCCUGCCACAUAUGACAAGCGACAAGGCUUUAAAGGGUACUUUGAAGACAGGGCCUACAUUUGCAGAGCGACACUGGAUGAGCAGGAAUUUGAUUCUGAACCCUACUAUGUCUACAUCAUCCAAGUUUCCUCUUCUCCUACCUCCACCAUCAACAUUUCUAUCAGUGCUGUGCAGACCAUUGUGAAGCAAGGUGAAAAUAUCACUGUAGUAUGUGCAGUGAGAGGCAUUGAAUUGAUUAACUACAACUGGGAUUAUCCUGGCCAAAUGGUGGGCAGGAAGGUACACCCAAUGACAGAAUUUAUACCGGGGGCCAGCCAUCAUACUAGUUCAGUCCUCACUAUCCGCAAUGUAGAGAUGACGGAUGCAGGGCAGUAUGUCUGUGAGGCUACUGACACCUAUCAUGGAGGAAAAGAAACAAAAGACAUCUUCAUUAGUGUAAUCGAUCGUGGCUUUGUGACCUUCCUCACUGUUCUGAAUGACACUGUGUUUGUUGAGCUGCAUAGAAGCCAUGUCUUCCAUGUGCAGAUUGAGGCCUAUCCAAGCCCAACCAUUGUCUGGCUACAGGAUAACCAGACCCUGACUGCAGAGAGCAACACUGAAUGUACCAUCAGCAGCAAGAAUUUGUCUGAAACCAGGUACCAAACUACCCUAUCCCUUGUAAGGAUGAAACAGAAUGAGGGAGGGUUCUACACUGUCCGAGCGUUCAAUGAAGAUGACUUUGAGGAGAUGUCUUUUUACUUGCAAGUUAACGUCCCAGCUAAGGUGACUGAUGUAAAAGAGACCAGAAACUUUUCCACUGGGGAGCAAACAGUGACAUGCAUCACAGAAGGAAUGCCCCAGCCAGAGGUUGUCUGGCACAACUGUGCUAAUGAUGCUAAACGCAGGUGCCCUGGAGAAGCUACCAGAAUCCUGGGGAACACCUCUGAAGAGAUAGAUCUUCAGACAAAUGCUACGUAUCAAGAGGACAGGAAGAUUUACAUUGUUACUAGCAAGCUGCGCCUCCACAGAGUAGAUGAACCAGUCUAUAUAAAAUGUGCCACUCAGAAUCUCCUGGGUGCACACAGCUCCCAAAUUAUCGCCCUGGUCCCCAAUAAUUUGCCUUUUAAAAUGAUCAUCACUGCAGUCAUCCUGGGCUUGUUGGUGCUCGUGUUUUUUUUCCUGGUGAUCCUCAUUGUUGUGUUGCGAAAGAAGCCUCGCUAUGAAAUCCGCUGGAAGGUGAUUGAGUCUGUCAGCUCUGAUGGACAUGAAUAUAUCUAUGUGGACCCCAUGCAGCUGCCUUAUGACUCCAGCUGGGAGCUUGCCCGGGAUAAGCUUGUCCUAGGACGCACAUUGGGCUCCGGGGCCUUUGGACGAGUGGUGGAAGCCAUAGCCCACAGCCUGAGCCACUCACAGUCCACAAUGAGGGUUGCUGUGAAAAUGCUUAAGUCUACUGCCAGAAGCAGUGAAAAGCAAGCGCUGAUGUCAGAACUGAAGAUCAUGAGCCACCUUGGGCCUCACUUAAACAUUGUCAACUUGCUUGGAGCCUGCACCAAAGGAGGCCCUAUCUACAUCAUUACGGAGUACUGUCGCUAUGGAGACUUGGUGGACUACCUGCACAGGAACAAGCAUACCUUCCUGCAGUGCUAUAGUGAGAAAGCCAAGGAAGACGCAGAGGUCUAUGGGAAUACCCCUAAUGAAGACAGGGUGCAGAGCCAUACUUCCUUAUCUGUGGACAGUGACGGGGGCUAUAUGGAUAUGAGUAAAGAUGAAUCAUUGGAUUAUGUUCCCAUGUCAGACAUGAAGGGUGAAAUCAAGUAUGUGGACAUUGAUUCCCCUAAUUAUGGUACCUCCACCUAUGAACUGGACAGCUACUCUUCCUCAGCUUCAGAAAAGGUGACUUUGAUCAACGAAUCUCCCCUCCUCAGUUACACAGAUCUUGUUGGCUUUAGUUUCCAAGUGGCCAAUGGAAUGGACUUCCUAGCUUCCAAAAACUGCGUGCACCGGGACCUGGCCGCAAGAAAUGUGCUGAUCUGUGAGGGGAAGCUGGUGAAGAUCUGUGACUUUGGCCUAGCUAGAGACAUCAUGCGAGAUUCAAAUUACAUCUCCAAAGGCAAUACCUUCUUACCACUGAAAUGGAUGGCACCUGAGAGCAUCUUCAACAACCUUUAUACUACCUUGAGUGAUGUGUGGUCCUUUGGGAUCCUUCUCUGGGAAAUAUUUACUUUGGGUGGGACUCCUUAUCCUGAACUACCCAUGAAUGAGCAAUUCUAUAAUGCUAUCAAACAUGGCUAUCGGAUGUCAAAGCCUACACAUGCAUCUGAUGAAAUUUAUGAGAUCAUGCAGAAAUGCUGGGAGGAGAAAUUUGAAAUCCGACCUUCUUUCUCUCAACUAGUGAUACUCAUGGGGAAUCUGCUGGCAGAGAGCUAUAAGAAGAAGUACCAACAGGUCAACGAAGAAUUCUUGACGAGUGACCACCCCGCUGUUGUCCGCACAAGGCCCAGGAACUUGGGACUUAACAAUUCAAGGUCCACUACCAACUAUAGUGCUGGUUCAGGCUCUGUCCUCUAUACAGCUGUGGAGCAGAAUGGACUGGACAAUGAUUACAUCAUUCCCCUGCCUGACCCUAAACCAGAAGGAGCCAAUGACAUCCCUCAAGAGGCCUCCAGCAGCCGAGCAAGUUCAUCAUUAAAUGAAGCCAACACAUCAUCUACCAUUUCCUGCGACAGCCCUCUGGUCCCACAAGAGGAAGAGGAACAAGCGCCAGAAACAAAGCCAGACUGCUAGGGUUACUAGACCCUCUAUGUGUAUGGUAGGGGAGGGGAAGAAGCUCCAAUCACAAACUAGCACAUCCCUCUCCUUCAUCCCUACUGCAGUGUUAUUGCAGUCUGAUUUAUUUUUUUCCUUCAACCCAAAGCAAAACCCAGGAACUGUAACAUGGAAGAGACUCUUCUGUGGCCAAGAGCAGAUCCAUACUCACCAAUAAGAUUACAACAAAAUCUACACAGUGAAAGGCUAUACUGCAUGGAAUCUUGAGGUUACUCACACUUCUUAAAUGGGACUAUUUUCUCUCCAUUCAUCCAACACAGAAUUCACUUCUCAUUUAUAUUCCCCUCUGCUAACCCAGGAUAUGAGCAUUUAUAUUAAAUCUCACUUUUCACAGCCAUACCACCUCACUGAAAAAGCAAAAUGAAUUUACAGAGAAAAUUAGUCACCUUGUAGUAAAGCAUGUCUCCAUUCUCACAAGCCAAAAAGAAGGCCUCCAGAGGUUCUGUUGGGGCCAUGCUGCCUUUCACAUUCAUCAAGUUUUAUGUGUGAGACCUACAGCUGCUCAAGGAAUUUGCUUCUUAAAAUACUGGAGUAUCAAUUCACACCUUUGAAAACAUACCCUGAAAGCGGGAAUGGUUGGAUGGACAAGGGUGCCAUUUUUUAGCUUGCCAAUGAAACACAGAAAAGUGACUGUGCCACAGUCUCAGCCAAUAUACAAACAUUGAAUGGAUUCUUCAUUCACAGAAGAGAAUACACAAUAUUAUGAGGAAAAUCAACAGAAGCUUAAGUAUUUCAACUGGCUUCUUUACUUCCUUUCCUGGGUUCUUCAGACCUUGUGCUAUGGGCCCAGCACAACAAGAAUGAUGGUACAAUUACAGAUAGCCAUCAGUCCCCAAGAUCUGUUACAGUCUAGAGAGUAGCCCUGAAGCAGCAUCUUUAUAGCCCAAGGGCUUAAAGCAAAUGGAGACAUAGCUAAUGACUCAGCUGUGGCAAUGGCAGGAUAUUCCAUGGCCACAUUUCUCUAUAUGCUGUCUUAUUUACCAUGUCAUGUAUUUAAAGGGGACAAGCCAGAUCGAUCAAAAGCCAGCAUGAAGAUGAAAAAGGGCUAUAAAUGUAUCUCUUUAUGCCAGUCUGCUUGUGAGAAAAGGCUCACUGCGUGGCUGGCAGCAAUAUUUUAACUUGGAAGGUCAGUGAUAAUGGCUGUUGAUGGUACGCUCCUCCUCUCUCUAGUGGGAAGUGGGAGAGUUGACAGGUCUUCUCAAGGGAGAUCCUAGUCAUGCAUAUGACAUGACCUGCAUCUUAUCAGACUCUUAUAGAAUUGUUAAACCAUUUUUAGAGGGGAACUUGGAGGACAGCUGGAUGUCAAGAGGAGGCUUGAAGCACCCCUUUUUAAAACAAGUAGAAUGUGAGGAAAUGAUACUUGGUGGGGCUUUAUUUUGUUUCAGCCUCUCUUCUGCCUUCAUCCUCAUUGGUAGGUCUAUCAGCCAUUCUGCUUUGUUUGUCAUUGGGUCAAUCAAAUGGUUGAACUAGGUAGUAAGUGAGGUUCCUAUGCUAUUUAAACAGAUAAUGAAAAAUUCCUUUCAGUGUGCUGGAGAGCCAAUCUGCACAUCAUGCAAAAUGAGGUAGUACUUCAAACUGCAGAUGGAGAAGUGGGGUCCAUAUUGCUAAAUGUUUCCCCACAUAAAUGAAUGCAACAAGUCAGCACAACAACAAAAGUGUUAACAUUUAUGCACCACCUUUGUGCCCCAAUAUAGGUACCCAAGAUGGCUUUUUAAAAGAAAAUGAUAAUUUUGCAGGAGACAGUAGAUUUAGUGUACUUCCUGAUAUGCUAGUUUAUUGCCUGCAGAGCACAUGUGUAAAAUAUGUGCCCCCCCCCGACCCAAAGUCUGAAGUGGUACACUUCAGAAUGCUCCCACCUCAUUCUCCAUCUUGUGCAGGUCAGCUCUGAGCAAACCUCAGCCAUGGGACCACCUGUUCGAAGAAGGUUUCCCUAACUUGUUUGUUUGUUUGUUUGUUUGCACAUCUGAACCCAAAUGUCUUCUCUACAAUGCUGAAUGUGUAUGCAACUGUAGUUCUACUUUUCAGUGUAUCCCUUUUUUAAAAAAGUUGGGCAAUUAUGCCACCCUUACCACUAUCCCACUCUCAGCACCAUAUCUGUUUUUGCUUAUACAUUUUAGAUUUUAAGAAGAGUGUAUCAUUUAAAAGGAACAAUAUUCUGGUAACAAGAGAGAAUAUUCUAUAAAUCAUGGCCAGUGCAGGGUUAAUCUCUUUCCAAUCCUCCUCAUCAGAUCACACCAUGAAUAGCAUUUUGUUUUCUACCUAGUUACCACCUACUUGAUUACGUUGCCUAUAGUUAGUAUCAACAGGCCUUAGGCUUUAAAACAGCAAUAAUGUAGAGGUUUCUUGGGAGGUAAGACUAUGGUACCAUCAUAUUUUAAUUCUUUGUAGAGUACUAACCACAGGAUGCUCAUAAAUUUCUAAAAUGUUAAGCCCAGGUUAUGGUAAAUUUCUCAGUUUAGGUUACCUUCCUUCCUAGAGAAAGAGUUUCUCUAGUUAAUCAGAACUCUCAUGACACAGUUUGUCUCAGCUUUCCAUCCUGGUGGGCUUUCUGUGAUAUUGAGCCCACCAGGAUACUAUUUCCUGAGAUAUUCCUAGCCAGCUCAGAUAUUUCAUAACCUGAUGCUUCAGUGUAACUUCAUAUAGAAUCUGGCAUUCGCCAUAGAUAACAGAGUGGCUGUUGCUGCAGCUGGGUAGAUAGGCACUAUUAAACCUGAGCUUCCUUGACAAGGAUGAACAACUCAAUUUGCCUUCUGUUCCCCUGAUCUGAAUCUUCUCCCCCCCGCCCCCGCCGCGCCUUCAUGUUUCACAACCUAGUGAGACAAGACAGCUAAGUCUUACUGAUGCUGAUUCCAGCCAGGGCCAGUGGAGCAGCCAAGUGAUAACAUCAAGGUAGGGCCUCACCUGCGCUGAAGCUGUAUCAGCAGCUAUUCUCGCGGUUAAAGUGGCAUGACCUAGAACCAUUUGAACUUGGUUCACUUUCCCCACAGAGGGCCCUCUUGCAGCUACUUUUCCAAACUCUUCAUGAAUCAGUCAGUUGUUAAAUAGUAGACUAGUUAGUAAGAAACAGACAGCAACUCCAACAGUCCCCGGGCAUUCCAUUCACUAACGCCCCCAACCCUAAAAUGGUUCGGGCGGCGGGGGGCGUUGUUUUUGUUUUGUUUUUUAAAUCGCAUGCUGCCAUUCAUUCUGAGUUGCUGUGCCCUGUUUUCCAGUUGGUUCCAGGCCCGGUGAGUUCUGGCUCAUAAAUUUCCAUGCUAAUGGGAGAAACCUGAAUUGCACAGGUUACACUCUGGCAGCUGGCCAGUCUACUAUGGAUGGAGGAGGAGAGACUAAACAAUGAACCCUUCUGUUGCCAUGAAUUCUGUAGCCAUAACUUUUUCUGUGCUUCCUGGAUUGUUUCUUGCAAAGGGGAUUCUGCAUUCUGUCCAAUUUCUAUUAUAACAUUGCUGUCAUUUGGUGUUGCUUGGUUCUAUGUCAUACAUUGUGGUUUUUAAUACGGGCUAGAGGUGAAUCAAAACCAAAAUCCCAGCAUCCUGGCUGAAACAUGGAGUGAAUUUUGGAAUGUCUCAGAUCCAUUUUUGCAAGUUUGGCCACAUCUCUAGGGUAUCUCCCCUGCUUUCUAUAAGAUUUUAGUCUGUAGCUAUUGCAAUGCUACUUGCUCCAAUAUUGCACACUUUCUUUUUAUAGUCAGCCACUACUGCUACGUAGCCAGAGUAUACUGGAGAAAUAUUGUCACAUCACAGUUGUUUUGUUUUUAAAUCUCUGUGUUUUAAAAUGCUUAUGAGAUUAAUGUGUAUACAGUUUGUUGCCUCUGUCUUUUUCUGUUUGAUGGUUGUUUAUUACUAAGUAAGGGAAGUAGAGUAGUGCAGAGUUCUAUUUUUGUUGUUUCUGUGUAAUCCAGAGCACAGUGGACUUUAUUUGCAAUAAAUGAGUUGCCUAGCCGCUCUUCCAAGGGCCGACGGAUCCUUUGUAGAUGCAAGGACGGGAAAUAGAAGUGCAAUUAAGCAAUUGAGUUAAUGGCAGUUGGCCAGUAAUGACAUUUAAAGCCCCUUUCCCAAAGCAUAGUCUCAUCCGCUUUCUGGGAUGGGCAUGUCAUUCCGUAACAAAGUUUAGAAGUCAAUGCACCCUAAAAUAACUCAGUGUAAAUUCAGGGCACAGAAAAAAGAGAAAAAUCAAGUAGGGAUGUGAAAACCGGCUCAAGAUUGAGCCGGUUCGCCAUUGAACCGGUCUGGCUCGACCUCGAGCCGAACCUCCCAAGCCAGCUUAGGGCUGGUUUGGGGGUUCUAAUGUUAAAAAGAAGAAGAAAGAAUUAAACACUCACCGCUGGGUCCAGUGGUCUCUGGGCAGAUUGGUUUUGUGCACACCCCUAGAAUCAAACUGAUUUCCUUUGAGUUAUAAAAUGUUGCAGCCAGUUGCUUAAAAUAGGAUCCCUUUACGGGUCACAUUAUUUACAAGAGAGAAAUUGCAUUUAGAAGCUCAUAUAGUUCACAUUUGUUUUUCCAAAUUUGUUCUAUUUUCACAACUUGUCAUUCACACAAACACAAUAAAGCUUUUAAUCUCUUCUUUGAAGAAAUGUUUAAAGUUUAAAUCAUCGUCAUCAGACUUUGGUGUGAGAAAACAGUGCCAUGAGCAAUAAAUCCAUUAAUAACCAUCCCUGCCCUGACAAGUACUAAUUCUUGAAAUAAGUUAACUUGAUAUCAGUUCAUGGAACUGCUAUACAUGCACAGCAGAGAGAACAUUUCUGGGGAGUGCUAAAGGGGUUGCCUGAAACCCCACUUCAGACACUGUGUUGUACAUGUGAACAGAUCUCUGUACACAUGUACAGUCGUACCUCGCCAACCACAAGGGUUCUGUUCCUGGAAACCCUUGAGGUUGGCGAAUUUGCACUUGAUGAGGUGUAGCAGUGCAUGGGAAACAGGGGGUUAGGGGAAUCGUGGUUCGAAAAGACAGAAAAAAUAAGGUAAAAAUUAGAAAAACUGCCUCUGACCCCCAGAAAUGUCCCCCUGAACCUCCAAAAAUCACCCCAAACCCCCCAAAAUUGCUCUCUGACCCUGGAAAUGACCAGAAAAAAACACCCAAAUUUGAAAAAAAUGUUGCCAAACUGCAGAUUCUCGGGUCAUCAUUGGUGAGGGUGGACACAAUUUCCUAGUCAUGGAUACUCAAAUCUGUCAUUGGGAAAUCCACAGUUGGCAAGGGAUGACUGUACGUGUUUUUGUGUGAAUGACUGUACUUGUGUCCAUUUAAAAAGUGAACCUGGGUACAGGCCCCCUCAAAUGCUGAGUACAGAUAGGAUGUGUAUUGCUGUGCAUGCAGAUCUGUGUGUGUGUGUGUGUUCAUACAGUUAUGAACUGUAUGUGCAUAACUGUGCAUAUAAUGUGUGUAUAAGUGUAUGUGCAUGCAGAUCUGUAUGUGUGUACAUUGCACACAAUUCAUGUGUGCAUUGAACAUAACGUGUGAACAUGGCUUGACUUCUAGGGCUUUGCCAGGGAGCUGGUGGUACUAAAUAAGACAUGAUGGCUAUUUCCCAUUGAAUUUCCAUUCAUAGAGCAAGAUGUGGCUCAACUGUGACUUUUGGCAGUGGCUUCUAGUGAGCCAUUCCACAACAUUUGGGAACAAGCUGAAAGAGUACUGAGGGUAUAUCCAGGGUUGGCUGGAUAUACUAGAUGGUCGCCUAGGGCACCAAGCAGGGUGGGGCACUGACAGCCUGAGUCACAUGCCACACAGCAAGCCAAAAGCAGGGUUGGCCCUCCCUCUAAACAGACCUAGGCAGCUGCCUGGUGCAGCAACCUGUGGGGUGCACUGAUGCACCUAUGCCUCUGUGGGCAUCCCCCACCCGCUUGGGUGCAUGCAUGCAUCUCCCACUGUCCAAGCAAGUGGGCAACCAAGAGGGUACCCUCCAUUCCCUUCACCCAUCCAGCUGCUCACUUGUUCUCCUCACUGCCUUUGCCCACUGCUCCUGCCAUCAUCAUCAUCAUCAUCAUCAUCAUCAUCAUCAUCAUUUUAUAUCCCGCUCUUUCUCCAAGGAGCCCAGAGCGGUGUUCUACAUACUUAAGUUUCUCCUCACAACAACCCUGUGAGGUAGGUUAGGCUGAGAGAAAAGUGACUGGCCCAGAGUCACCCAGCUAGUAUCAUGGCUGAAUGGGAAGCUGAACUCGAGUCUCCCCGGCCCUAGUCCAGCACAUUAUUGUAACACGCCACAGCAGGCUGGCUGCCCAUAAACUGCCGGCAGCAGCAGGAGCAGUGGGCAAAGGCAGCAGAGUGAUGAGGACAGCAGGAGGGUGAGUGGGGGUGUGAUGGGGACCACCCACUCAGACAAAGGGGACCACCUGCCCACCUACUCACCCACCCACCCACCCGAAUGAUGGGAGGCACCUGCUCACAGGGUUGCCAAAACCAAGCUUUGCCUGGGGCACCAGCAAUCCUUGGGCCGGCCCUGGGUAUAGCCAGACCAGCAUUAAAAAAACCAAAAAAGCAUUUGUUAUUGAUAAUAGUUCAUAGAGCUGGGGAACUACACCAAUAUGUCCCUGAUUGCUCCAGCUUUGUUUUUGCUUCCUGAAUAUUACAAACAAUUAGUUUUUCAUCCAGAAGGUACUGUUUGCUAUAAAUCAUCAAUAAAAUGCCCUCUUCCCAUUGACUGUCCUGCUCUCCCAUCCUUAUUAUCUCCCUGCUAGCUGGGCUAAGAGGCACCUUUUAAAAUGGUGGCUUUCAUAUAUCUGAGAGGAGGGGAGCGCCUGUCCCUGUUCAACAGGGGCAGUUGCAAAGCAUCCCUCCAGUGGCUCUUGCUGGUGUCUGCCUGGUGUUUCCUUUUGGAUUAUGGAACCAUUUUCAUAUUUUUGUUUCUUUUGCUAUGUGGCUUGAUAACUUUUUUUUUUUUUGGUUGAAGAGUGGUAUAUAAGUAUUAAGAAUUUCCCUCUUUUAAGAAUUAUAAGCUGAUUUUGUUAAAAUACAUCAGUGCAACAGUUUACCAUAGGCAUUUUCUUCAGCGAAUUUUAAUUUUUGAAGGGUUGUUUGUCCUCUAUAAUUCCAUCUCAAAUAUGGGCCAAACUGCAUGUUACUUCAAAUAUGUGGCUGGCCUUUAUAUGUGCAGUGUUUUUCUCUUAAAUUAACAGAAGUCAGGGGAUUGGGAUUGGGACCAUGGCAUGUGGGCCUGAAUACAACACAUGGCUACCACAAUCCCCAUAAAGACAUGAGCACUGCUUCACACAACCAACCAGGAUGGUUUGCAUUCUUGGCAACACCUAACACACUUAGUGCUCGGAAAUGUGGGCAAGCUGAACUGAAACAAAAUGUGACAAUCAGUGCUAUUUGAGACACCCCCUGAGUUUCCAGGAAUCAUCAGGGCUUAGGGAGAAGAAAAGCAAAGUCUCCUCGGCCAAAUAGGUAGCAGCCCAUUUGUUGAAUAAUCCAAGCACCUACUUUGCUGCAAGCAGUGGCUUAGACAGGUGAUUUUUGGCACAGAAAUAGUGCAGGGGGGAUGUGUUGAAACUCCACACUGCUGUGCCCUUGAGCCUAAGUGCUCCCUGCAAUUUAUUUUUUAAUGAUAAAAGGACCACUUUCGGUCUACCUCUGGGAUAAGCCCAGAGUCAUGUACAGUCUGGCUCAUUUGAUUGAAGUCCAAUGAGAGGUUAUUUGUGUACUGAAGCACUGUGUGGAAAAACUACUAUUUAAAUUUAAAGGGACAACUUCAAAAGAAUACUUCAAGGGUAUAACUGCAUUUUACCAAGGGGAGCAUAUAGUAGGAGGUAGGAGUAGGAAACACUCUAGGAGGAGAAUCAGUAGUUGGAAAGGAGAGCUGUUUAAUCUCUCUGGCACCUGCUGCUUCUGACAUGUAAAAUGCUGCCACCUUCUCCCUCAAUCAAGUUUUCUUCUGGUUUCAGAACCCAGCUGGGAGGAAAAGCAAAACCAGCUGGUGGGUAUUUGAUUGUAGAGGGAAGCUGGUGGGCAGAGGAAGGGCUAAGCAUUUCCUUCCCUCCCAGCAAUUGUCCCCUUCAAAUCCCCAGCUUCAUAUUGUCCUCCUAAUGUGUCGUUCUAGCCCUCCAACUUCUAAUUUGUAAGUGUCUUGGCCAAACGUUUGAUGCACAGAUCACUGAACCCAGACCUCCUGAGCUCUGGACCCAUGCUUUAGUCACCACCCCAGUCCUUGUCACUUGGCAGAGCCAUAGGGACUCUUUCCUAGACAGACAAGUGUUUGAAGAACUAAGGUACCAAAGACUUAACAUUAUCCUAAGUUUACAAGUGUAUGUUAUGAUUCUUAUUAAGCCACAUUUAUAUACAUGAGAUAUUAUUUUUAUGCUGUAAACUUUUCAUAUGUGUUUUAAAGAAAGAUUUUACAAAUUAAAGAAGCUUUGUUUUAAAACCGGG